AUCCCCAAAAAUUUAUUUCGUUGUUUGCCUUUGCCGUCGAGUCAAGAAUUGUCUAGUAUACAAAGAAUAAUAAUUUUUGUUCUAGAUUUGUGCAUCAAUUCGAAAUUGUUCUGAAUCGACUGACUCAUCUUUCGUCUCUUUGUAAUUAAUAAAAUUUAAAUUACUGCUUAAAAAGUUUGAUUUGAUUCUUGCAAAUAUUUCAUAAUGGAAGAACUCCUAAAUGACAUCGUCUCAGCAGCAGAGCUGGAGAAAUUUGAAAAGAAGUACACGGAAGCAAAAAUUGCUUCCAACGAAGACACAUUUGAGUACGCUUUCUGCUUAGUGCGCAGUGCUUAUACCAAUGAUAUUCGCAAGGGAAUUCAUUUAUUAGAAAAACUGGCUAAUAAUGAUCCAGGAAACAAAAGAGACUACAUUUAUUACUUAGCUUUGGGAAAUACGAGAAUAAAGCAGUAUAUUGAAGGCAUGAAUUAUUGCAAAGCCUUUCUUGAAAUUGAACCAAACAACGAGCAAGUCCUCUCCCUAAAAAAAUAUAUAAAAGAACAACAGGAUAAGGAUAUGAUGAAAGGAGUAGCAGUGGCAGGUGGAGCAGCAUUAGUUUUAGGUGGAUUGGUUGGACUUGGAGUGGCCUUAGCAAAGAAGUAGAAUCUAUUUUUUAUAUGAUUUUUUAGACGCACAACACAAGACAAACAUUGAAGACCACACUUUUCUCAAACAUGAUUUCGCUGUAUACCAAAAUGAUUUGAUUGAAACGUUUCAUUUGACUUUGCCGAUGUAAAUAUUAUGAUGAACUUCUAAAUGUCUCCAUGUAUAUAAUUGUAUUAAUUUAGUCAGUGUUGUUUAAUGAGAUAAUUUGUUUCAAUUCCAUUAAAUUAAUAUAAAUGAACAUAUCGUUACUCAAAAAAGUAAUGUAUUUUAGUUAAACAAAAUAACA